AUGCUUGUGCUUGCAAAACUCCAGUACUUAGCGUGGUACCACACCGCUUCUCUUUUGUGUGAACCAAAUGCAAGAUCAGUUUUUCUUCAACAUUUCGGCGGUCAAUUAAUAUUUGCAGAAAUACCAUACCAGCCUAUGUUUGACCAUCAUGAUAAGAACACCAAUUCCCAUAUGCUAAACAAUGAAGGGACACGCACUGAAUAUGACAAGCCUGCGCUUACGGGUCUAACCAACCGUAUUUCUUCUGCCAAACCACCAAACUCAUCUGUCUCCCAUCAUAUAUCCGAUGAUGCUGAACCAGUGCCUAAGAGGCAAAAACUAACCAGUGAUGUUGCCGGCCUGGAAUUAGCUCAGCAAGGGUCCACAAAUCAAAGUACCCAGGAUAACUGGAAAAUUCCAAAUGACGAGCUCAUGCAGUCAAUAAGUAAUAUUUUCAGUAUCGCAAUUUCAAAGACUAUCAACAAUGCAAUCGAAGAUGAAGUUCCUCGAGGACUACGACAUACUAUCUUGAAGCAAUUAUCCAAUUGCUGGAGUCAAGACAUGAACCCAGAUUCUUUCCGAUCACGACUCAAAGUUACAAAGUUACCACCUACACUGGGUUUGUCAUUAUCAAACAACCUCCAAAAUGAGAACAUACAAGUUAAAAAUUUAUUGAAUCUGCAAGAAUUAACAGCCAAGAAGAAGAUACUAGAUGUCUAUCUCGCAGAAGAAACCCAACAAGUCAACGACCUAAAGCGCUAUUUGUCCAAAUUGGAACAAGAUUUGGCUCGAGACAAUUCUAAGCUACAAGAGUCCCGAAAUUCAAUUGAAGAUGUAUUGUCCUCAAUCGACACCCAAGUGAGUCAAAUGACACAAGACAUGCAGUUAAAUAAAUUUGAUGCAGUGGGUGAUGAAGGAUUGUCUAUGGUUAACGUUGACUCAAUUAGUGAUUUCAAUCCCAAUACGGAUCCAGAUAUUGCCCCAAGGAUGAAUCAGUUACAAGAGAAGUUGGGUGAAUUAGUUGCAAAAACUACGUCACUAAAGUCAUUUAAUGAUCGAUUGGAGUCAGUUUACAACUUGUUAGAUUGA